AUGGAAAAAGUUCAAUUACUAUAUGAUCAACUAGCUGAAGUUCAAGUGUUAUUCAGAAGUUUAAAUUUUAAUCCCAUUGAAACAAAAAUUCCAACAAAAAAAGCUGUUUAUGAAACAAAAGAAGAGGCUUUGUUUUUUAAAAUAUUUAAAAAUCAUUACUUGAUGUCAAUUAUUUAUGAAAUCAACAGAAAAGAAAACCAAAGAGAUUUGAAUGAGUAUACCAAAAGUCACACCUUCAACAUCCUCAGUUUGACUGAUUUCAAAUAUAGGGAAAACUUAAAAUACUUGGUAUUGGGAGAUACUUCAGAUAUCCAAGGUUCCUUAUUAAAAUACGGUAGAGUUUCUGAAACAGACGAUAUAAAAAUAAUACAACCAGAUUUAAUUCCUUCAUCGGUAACCCAAUUAAAAUUUGAUAGAUCAAAUACAAGCCCUACAAACAUCCCCCCCUCAGUCAAAACAUUUUUAUGUGGUCCACAUUUUACAAAAUCAUAUUUAAACGUGGAUGCAUCCCUACCAAAUACAAUAAAAAAUGUAAAAGCUUCCAUUUAUAAUCCAAAAUUUUUAAAUAUAAAUCCAAAAUUUUUCCCAGAGUUUUUGGUGACAUUGGAUUUAGAAUUAUCAUUCAAAUUUAAUAGUAUUACCCUUCCAAAGACCCUAAAAUUUUUAAAAUUGUCUGUAAUAGGUGUUUAUAGAAAUCAUAAUAAUACCAACUUAGGAUUAGAAACAGAAAAAUUUAUUCCAGAUUUACCUCAAUUGGAAGUUCUAAUAUUAGGAAAAGGUUUUGAUUCAAUCAUUAAACCACUUGGUUUGGGCUCCAGGAUAAAGUACCUAUCACUAUCCAGCUCAUUUAAGCAUCACAUUUCCUUAAACAUAAUUCCAGAAAAUUUAAAAGUCCUACAAGUAAGAGGAAACAACACAACCUUUGAAAAUGAUCUAUUUUAUACCAACAUACAAUGUAUUUCAUUUCCAAAUGGCACAAAAAACCAAAUUGCCCCAGCCGUCUCUCCAAGCACAGAUUCUUUCAUCUAUGAAAUCCCAACAGACUCCAUAACUCCAAUAGAUUCUAAAAAUAAAAGAAAGGAAAUAAUUAAGAAAUAUAUUAAUCUUCCAUUAAAAUUCCCAUUAAAUAAAGAUUAA